UAACAGAAUUUUGCCUUCUGCCUGUUUCUCCGACCCCGUCUCUCUCUUUCCCCGAUUCUGCCCUUUUUCAACAUAUCCUGCUUUCUUGUUUCCUUUUUUUUUCUGUAAACCCUAAGCUGACCGAUGCCGCCUCCACGGCCGCCGGCUGCGGAGGUUCGCCACGUCGAUUUAAGGAUCUGGCGAGCUUGCGCUGGCUCUUCCGUUCAAAUCCCCACUGUUAACUCUAUUGUUUACUACUUCCCUCAAGGACACGUGGAACAAUCUUGCGGUUCGACUCCGUUACUCUCUUCUCUCGUGCUCUCUAGGCCUCUCAUCCCUUGCGUUGUCUCCGACGUUCAUUGCCUCGCCGAUCCCAGAACUGAUGAAGUCUUCAUCAAACUCUUCCUCGUCCCUGUCGAGCCUUCUAGACUACCCAAUCAAUUUCUAGACGUUAAUGGUGAAGUUGAAGAUCCUGAUAAGAUCGUGUCCUUCGCCAAGAUUUUAACGCCGUCCGAUGCCAACAAUGGCGGCGGAUUCUCCGUCCCCCGGUUUUGUGCUGACUCUAUUUUCCCGCCUCUUGACUACAAUGCUGACCCGCCUGUUCAGACUCUCACCGUCACCGACAUUCGCGGCGGGGUUUGGGAGUUCCGCCACAUUUACAGAGGAACGCCGCGUCGGCAUCUGCUCACUACGGGAUGGAACAAAUUUGUUAAUCAAAAGAAGCUCAUCGCCGGCGAUUCUGUUGUCUUCAUGAGGGACUGUAAUGGGAAAAUGUUUAUUGGAGUCCGUCGGGCUUUGAAGAGAGGAGAAGGCGGUGGGGAUUCCAGGAGGUGGAGAGAGCCAACUGGUGGAGGAGCAACGAAAGGGGACGGAAGGGGGAGGAUGACGGCGGAGGUGGUUGUGGAAGUGGCGGAGAGGGCCGCGAAGGGGUUGCCAUUCGAGGUUGUGUACUAUCCUCGGCCCGGUUGGACAGAUUUCGUGGUGAGAGCGGAGUUGGUGGAGGCUGGACUCAAUAUAUACUGGGCUGGUGGGACCAGAGUGAAGAUGGCAGUUGAAACAGAGGAUUCCUCGAGAAUGACGUGCUUUCAAGGGACGGUUAUUUCUGGUGCUUUGUCGGAUUCCGGCCCCUGGAUUGGCUCUCCUUGGCGAAUGCUUCUGGUUGCAUGGGAUGAACCUGAUCUCCAGAAUGUAAGGAGAGUGAACCCAUGGCAAGUUGAAAUUGCUACUUCCUUACCGCUUCAGUCUUCAUUUCCCUUGGCGAAGAAGUCCAAGUUUUCUCAGGAAUCUGGGCUGGCUGAUGCAGAAGGAGAAAUAAUGUUCCCUAUGACAGGGUUAACCAAUUCAACAAUGAGGUACAUGAAUCCAUCACUGUUGAAUUACAAUUCUUUUCCUGCUGGCAUGCAGGGAGCCAGGCAAAAUCAUUUUCACGUGCAAGGUUUAACCAACCAUGUGAGUGAGAAUACCCCAAUGAUGUCCACUGAUGCUUCAUCUAGCAACUAUUGGGUGCCCAAGUUAAAGAGGAUAUCCACUGAGCUUAACAUUGGCAGUUCACAGUCUGACAACUUGUCCCCAGAUAGCCAGAGCAGCAUGGUAUCCUUUGGCACAGAAUUUACUGAAAAUGCAGGCUGCAACUUGAGCAAAGUAGGUGUUAAUUCGUUUCAACUGUUUGGCAAGACGAUUCAUAUGAAGGAGCCUGGUGGAAGCAUGUUUGGUAAUGUUGGUAGCAUGGAAGAUGAUAGUGGUAAAAGAUAUGAUGAAGCUGUGAGAGAAAAGAACUCGUUAGAUCUUUCAUCCACUAACGACUAUUCAAAGCUGCAUGACAGGAUAGAUGUCAAAAGUGAGAGUGCUUCAGCUUUCAAAGGCUUUUCUUUGUGAAUGAAUCCAAGUCCACAUCAAGCAGAUGAGUAACUGUUUAGGUAAUUUAGGGUGGCAGUACAUGGUCAGUAGUAGAUGGGUGGAGACACUUUGACUGAUAUAUAUAUAUAUAUAUAUAUAUA